UCCACUUAAUUCUUGGAAUUUGUUCAAGAUUCCCCAAUUCUUGAAACACCCAAGUUUAGUUUUUUCCUGUUUUAUUAUUCUUAUUUUUUUUUCAAGAUUGCUCAUUUUCCCAAUUCUUGAAAUACCCAACUUUCUGUUUUUGCUGUUUUAUACUUCUUUCGUUGUGUUAGGGAUUUGGGUUUAAUUGGGUGAUUAUGUUUAUGUACUUUUUCAUCUGCCAUCAUUUGAUUUGUCUUGUUAAGAUUUGGCUGUUUUUUGUGUGUUUUAAGAGUGUUGCUAUUUACCCUUUUCUGCUUUUUAUUAUGAUAGUUCAUACUUGUUUAUGAUGGAGGAAUCAAUUUGAUCUUUAGUGCUUUGUUGUUAAUCUAUAGAUUCAACCAUGUAUCAAAUCUUUUGCCAUCUUAGUGUCUUUUUAGUAUACUUGAACAAAAUCACUCUUUUAAAAGAUGUUUAGCUGGAUUGGUGAAAGAAUUGGUUUUUGAUUUCCACUUCGAAAUGAACAAACACAUCUAGAGUCGUAGCAACUUAACAAUGUAGACACUUGUGAGAAUUUUCUCAUCAUGGUAUGAGAUUUAUGUCCAAUUACGAUAUUGGCGCAACGACUAUGGGACUAUAUAGUACUACUCUAUUAUUGCGGCUAAAGAACUUAGCUGCAGGUCUCAAGACAAUAACAACAACUAUGCCUCAAGUCUAAUCUAGUUAAGGUUGGUAAAUCUCGUGGAGCGGUGGAGGAUUAAUUUGCAUGGUACUGCAUUCCCUGUUUACAGAGAAGUAAAAUCAAAUAGAAGCAAGAGGGAGAGUGCUCACAUCUGUAGGUCGACUUUUAAACAACAAGAUUUAUCAGUCAGUUCAGUACUAUUGGGGUAGAUGCAAGCUUGAUAGUAAUGUCUGUACUCAUUGAAGGGCUUCCUGAUGCUGUUGCUCUCAGGUGUCUUGCACGGGUUCCUUUUUAUCUUCAUCCUAAGUUAGAACUUGUUUCCCGUUCCUGGCAAGCUGCUAUUCGAAGUGGCGAACUAUUUAAGGCAAGACAGGAGGUCAAUUCAUCUGAAGAAUUUUUAUGCAUCUGUGCUUUUGAUCCUGAUAAUUUAUGGCAGCUUUAUGAUCCUAUGCGUGAUCUUUGGAUUACUCUCCCUGUUCUUCCAUCAAACAUCAGACAUCUUGCACACUUUGGUGUGGUAUCUACUGCUGGAAAACUCUUUGUUCUAGGUGGUGGUAGUGAUGCUGUGGAUCCAUUGACUGGUGACCAAGAUGGAAGUUUUGCCUCUGAUGAGGUCUGGUCAUAUGACCCGGUAACCCGAGAAUGGAGUCUGUGUGCGUCUAUGAUUGUGCCUCGGGCAAUGUUCGCUUGUUGUGUGUUUGAUGGGAAGAUAGUUGUUGCAGGGGGUUUCACUAACUGCAGAAAAUCAAUAUGUAAAGCAGAAAUCUAUGAUCCCGAGAAGAAUGUUUGGGAUCCGAUCCCUGAUCUCCAUCACACACACAACUCUGCCUGCUCAGGAGUGGUUAUUGGUGGUAAAGUUCAUGUAUUGCAUAAAGGUUUGUCAACUGUUCAGGUUUUGGAAAAUGUGAAGCAGGGUUGGAAUGUGCAUGAGUACGGUUGGCUCCAAGGUCCCAUGGCUGUUGUUAGGGGAAAACUUUAUGUAUUGAGUCAUUGGCUCAUAUACAGGCAGGAAAGAGAAAAAAGGAAGAUGGUAGUUUCAGCAUCCGAGUUCCGUAGAAGAAUUGGGUUUGCAAUGAUAGGUCUGGGUGAUGAUAUCUAUAUUGUUGGAGGGGUUAUUGGACCCGAGCGCUGGAAUUGGGACAUUAAAUUGCUGUCUGAUGUUGAUGCCCUGACACUCGGAAAUGAGAGGCAAGUGUGGCGUCAAGUUGCUCCAAUGACAAGGUGUAGAGGAACGGUCCUUGGCUGCACGCUAAUGAGAAUAUAAUCCAUUGCAGUUUUCGUUGGAUAACUACUUCAAAAAGGGUUGAGUUGUUCCUGCAGGGUGCAAGGGAUGAGAUGUUCAGCUUCCUUGCAUAGUAUAUAUAACCCUUUUAGCUCAAUGCUGCUGGUUUCUUUUAGUAAACCUCUGUCCAUACCUUGAAUGUUUAGCGAUUUUAACAUGAAAAAUACGCGUAUUUGCAUCAAGGGGGUGUCUUUUGCUAUCUUCUUGUGUUGUCUGUAUGGAAGAUAAAUUAGUUUGUUGUUGCCUCUGCUUGAUUCUUUUCUACUAGCAGCGGGCAUGUUUGUCUAUUAUCAAGUUGUCAACAAAGUGAGCCUAAAUCUUUUUGGUCUUUUUCUUUUAGUCAAAUCAAGGCAUAUCCAUGUAUUAGGAUAAACCAAAUCAUAGUUCAGCCACAAGAUGGGCAUUUGAGAUUCUAAAGCCAUGUUAUAUAUAGUAAUUCUCAUUGUACUUGGUUAAUCUACCAAGCAAUAUUCAAGAUUCCAUGGAGUAGUUUUCAAGUGAA